UUCGCGGAACACUACAGUACCAGUCCGCGGAGAUCUGAGGGCUACCUAUCAUACUCAAUGUGGAGACAACUUUGUAGGUCAUCUGUACGUUUACUGCGCUUUUCUUGGCCCACCAGAAGCCUCGGAUCUAGUGGUGCUAAAGACAGCAGACUAGCUUCAGUGCAACUACAAAACAAAGAUGUAGCUAUGCGAUGGAAUAACGACCGAGUGACCUUCCUGCCUUAUAUCUUUUUACGCGACAAUUGCCAAGAACCCGAAUCGUUUGACCAGGCAGCAAAACAACGUGUUUUCAACCCCGCAUUUGUCAUAGACCUCAACAUCAAAGCCAAACAUGUUGACAUGAGCAAAGACGGAAUGCAGCUUUGCGUUACAUGGCCAGAUGGACAUCGCAGUAGAUACUCUUCUGUAUGGUUAAUGGAGCAUAGCCAAGGUUUGCCUCCUGAAACGCCUAAACUUCCAGUGGAAAAGAGAUAUUGGAAGAGGGAUCAUAGUGUAGCAAGAUUUAACUUUAAGGAAAUAAUCAAUGAUGAUAAUGAUACUCCUUUGUCAGAAUUUCUGCUUCAGAUGGAGUCACACGGCCUCGUGUUGGUCGACAAUGUUGGAACUGAAUCGAAUCAAAUCAAACAGUUCUGUAAUCGAAUUGCUUACCCAAAACCAUGUGUUCAAGGGCGGGAUGUCACACAAGUACACACGAAACUCGAUGACGUCUCACCUUAUUUAAAUAUGGAAAUGCCUCUCUGCACUUCUCUUCCAUUCUACAAUUACACCCCUGGGGUUCAAGCUCUCCAUUGUAUUCAGCAGCUGUCUGGCAAAGUUCGUUUCUGUGAUGGCUUCAGGAUUGCUGAAGAAAUACGAGAGACAAAUCCAUCUUUCUUCCAACUGCUUACUCAGUAUCCUGUUCAUUAUGUAGACUCUGGGAACGACUUUAUGGAUUAUGACAUUGAGUCAUGGCAUGUGCCUAUAGGUCUAAACAGCUCUUGUACUGUGGAGGAAAUACACUUUAACAACCAGGCUCGUGGCUCGCAGUAUGUGUCAUCUCUGAGUAGCAGACUGCAGGAGUGGUAUGAGGCAUACUACACGUUCUCAUCUCUUACAGUUAGUCCACAGUUUCUAGUUGAGCUGUGCUUGGAGCCGGGUCAGAUGGUUGUGUUUGAUAAUCUUCGAGUUCUCCAUGGUAUGCCACAGGGAUGUCUGGAAAUGGCUUAUCUUGAUUGGGAUGAGAUGAGAUCGAGAGCCAGAGUUAUCAUGGGCUAACCGGUGAAACUUGUGGACACAGUUACUACCAGAACCAGAUAGUGAUUAUUUCUUGGACACAACUGGGUAGUGAUUAUGUUCUCAUUUUAUUUUUGGACACUAUAAAAUGAAGAUAAGCCAGAAAUAUGUUUGGUGGUUUAGCUGAGUAUCAUAUGUAUAGCUGCAUGUUUACCUCAGGAACUUUGGUUGUGUGUUGAUUGCAAAUGUCUUUGCAUCGAGUUGCAUCUCACUGCCAUGCAUAUGUAUAUUUAUAUUUGAUAGUUUUCUCUUGAUAUCUUGAAUUAUUUUCUAUUUAU